UCCUCAAGUACAGUUGUUACGACGGUGAUCACUUGUUACAUUCGUAGGUUACAUUUGGCUAUGCGCCGUUCGCGCGUAAUCGUGACCAAAUAGGCUACAGUAGAGUGGAACUUUGACAUGCUACAGGAAAUGGGUUAGAUUCAGCUGAUCGGAACAGUUAAGCCAUGAAGUAGGCUAUUAUGUAAGGUUCUGCAGUGAAGCUGAGCUUUUUAGUGUCGAAAGGUAGAUCAGUGCACAAGGUUUUCCCAAGCAGCCCUUGAUCUUCACGUUUCGUGUUGCACUGCGGCUCUUUCUAGCUGAUUGCAGCAUGUGGGCAGCAGCACAGAAUUUGAUGCCCUGCGGUCGGUCUGCUGUCCCUGCACAUUUGUCUAAAGAGGCAGAAAGGGGAACAGCUGAGCUGAGCUGAGCUGCUCUGGUCACUUCUUGUCUGGCGUUCAAGUUCCUCCGGCUCAACUCCACAUCUCCUCCUGCUGCCUGAAGGGCUACUCUCACUCUCCACUACCCCUCUUACUCCUUUUGACCUCCUUGCGCUAAAAACCGGGAACUUUUUUUUUUUUUUUUUAAAUCAUCAGCCUCUGCUUUGCCAUCAACUCUUUGCAAGUACUCCAAGGUCCGAACGCUUUUUGGUGUGUGAGCCAAGUUUGACUGUCCACUGCUUGUCAAUGUCUUUCUUUCACUACUACUAGAACGUUCUGGAGCUCAAUAACAUUCUCCAUCUCCAGGUCACCAUCGCAACCCACUUGAGGAAGACUUGUUUGAGGUUUCAUUUACGUAGAGAAGCAGCACACACCUUUCAGCACAGUUUGCCGUUGCUGCUUUUCAAGGUAGAAGAUUUGCCCUGGCUUUAAGUCGUCUGCUACGCUGCCCGCUCGCCAAGAAGCGGGAUAGAGGGAGGCAGCGCCGGACUGAAGCGCUGUCAGCUGUCCUGUCCUGGGGGAGUUGAAGACUGCGGCAGGCAGCUCUCUCCUCUCAGCGUCCACCUUUACUUGCUUAUUCAUCUGUGUGUUGCUGUGUGUGUAUGUGUGUAUGUGUGUGUGUGUAGCUGAAUGCAGUAGAUCUAGACAAGCAAAGGCAAAGACACUGGAAUGCAUGGGUUGUGAAGGUCCUCCAGAGCUGCAUGUGUGCGUGAUCUGCGAGCGUGCGUGCAUGUCUGCGUGUGUGUCCCCCUCCUCUCGUGUGGUCUCUCUGGGUGAACAUGGACCUGUGGUCGCUGGAGAGGAUGCGUGAUCUGGUGGCGAGUGGCAUGCAGGCCAUGCGGGAGUGCGAGUCCAGCGUGGUGGGCACGGCCGUCUGCCUGGCGCUGCUCUUCGUCUGGUACUGCUACCGCGUGGGCCGCGAGCAGAGCGGCAUGGGCCCGGGCUUGCGCGGCGGCUACGGCGUGGCCGAGACGCGGCGCGGCAGCCUGGCCGUGGUGCCCGGCGCCGGCUCCCUGUUGCCCUCCAACGGGGCCUCGGCCCUCAGCCUGGCGCUGGGCCGCGCCGCCAAGGGCCUCAAGUGCGCCGCCGCCUCCGCGGGCAAGGAGGAGAUGAACGGCUUCGCCUACUGCCAGUCGCCCGAGUGCUACCGCUGCACGCAGGCGGGCGAGGGCCUGAACCAGCGGCUCUACCACAGCCUGCAGGACUACGCCAAGCGCUACACCUGGGCGGGCAUGGGCCGCGUGCACAAGGGCGUGCGCGACCAGGGCCGCUACCUGCUGACGGGCCGGCCCUCCAUCCAGAAGCCCGAGGUCUUCUUCCUGCCCGACCUGCCCUCGGCGCCCUUCUUCUCGCGGGACGCGCAGAAGCACGACGUGGAGCUCCUGGAGCGCAGCUUUCCGGCGCUGCUGGCCGAGUUCGAGAGCGUGUACCGCUUGCCUGCCGCAGCCAGCGCCCGUGCCGCCGGUGCUACUGCUGGUAGUGGUGGUGUGAUGUCGUCGCUGCCGCCGGGCUGGAAGGCCAACAGCACCCCGAGGGGCCAGUGGUGGACCUUCUACCUGGUGAACCAGGGCACGCCGCUGGCCAUGAACGCCCGCCGCUGCCCGCGCGCCUGGCGGGUGCUGGGCCAGCUGCGCACCUUCAUCGCCAACAACGUGUUCGGCAACGCCUGCUUCUCCGUCAUCACACCGGGCGCCGCCAUCUCCGAGCACUACGGGCCCACCAAUGUGCGCGUGCGCUGCCACCUAGGUCUGAAGGUGCCGUCGGGGUGUGAGCUGGUGGUGGGGGGGGAGCCGCAGUGCUGGGCGGAGGGCAGCUGCCUGCUGUUCGAUGACUCUUUCCUGCACACCGCCUUUCACGAGGGCGCUGCGGAGGACGGCCCCAGGGUGGUCUUCAUGGUGGACCUUUGGCACCCAAACGUGGCCGCCGCCGAGAGACAGGCCCUCGACUACAUCUUCAGUCCCGGGCACUGAGUGACAGACAACAGAAUGAAAGAGAGAGAGAGAGGUUGAGGAAAAUGUGUGAGAGAGAGAGAGAGAGAGAGAGAGAGAGAGAGAGAGAGAGAGAGAGAGAGAGAGAGAGAGAGAGAGAGAGAGAGAUUCAAAGUCCUGGUGCCUCAUGUAUGGGUGAGACAACAAUCAUGUCUGCUUGUGAGAAAGGCCGGAAAACAUACCCUAUACAGUGGUGUAGUAGACUAAACAAGUUAUGAAAGCUUACCAAGACUUGACAUCAGAAGGUCAGUUUGAGGCUAGUUAUAAGGGAUGCACUCACAACAUGUUAUAUGUGUUACACCCCACUGUUGAUACUUACAGGUAGACAAAACAAGUCACGGAAGCUUACCAAGACUUGACAUCAGAAGGUUAGAUUGAGGCUAGUUUUAAGGGAUGCACUCACAACAUGUGUAUGUGUUCCCCCCACUGUUAAUACUUACAGGUGUACAUAACGAAUCCUUCUCUGAUACCACACACAAACUCAACACCAUGUUCUGUCCUGUGGGGCCGGGGGGGGGAUCUCUGGAGCAAAUAUUUUGUACGAAUGUAAAUGUUUACAGAUUGACCAAAUGAAGUAAAAAGGAAACGCGUACAUUAGGCUGUCAGGUGUGGCAUUCCCCUGGAAAACCCAGGGUAGCUCAUAAACAGCUCAACACUGCUGUCACAUAUUUCAAUGACUAGCUGUCCUGUUUGUAUAAACAACGCUUGGUGCAAAUUAGCUGUUUCUGGUCACUUUUUUAUGAAGCGUAACGUUCGGCAGACAAGCACCAUAGUGGUGAUGACCCACUCGAAUUUUAUGACGGGUGAGUUCAAUCGAUCUACGCCAGACCAAAAUGUGGUGUUUGUAUAAUGGUAGUUAACACUGACGUGUGGCUGGGUUUCGCAGGUGGGGAUGAGGUUUUUCAUAACUCUGUUGGGAAGACUGAGCAGCAGCUCACUCACUGUACAGUACACUGUACUUUCAGAUCACUAACUUAUUUAUUGUUGCCGAGCAGGAGUAUACAAGGACUGUGGGGGGAGGCUGUGUAUUUGCAGUUUUCACUGCUUUCGAUUUUUCAUAUUUAUUAAAAGGAGAGCACAGCAUAUACUUGACACAUUUUUGAAGUUUACAAAUGCGACAGUUCUUAAAUGGGCUAGGUUUUAACUCUUUAAUUGUUCUAUAUUCCGAUCAGUCUUCUCUUUAAGGGCAAGUUGAUUGCAUCAUUUUGUGGUAUUGAUACAUUCCUUUUGUAAACAACAACAACGACAAAAAAAACACAGGUGUUAAAUGAUGUGAUUCAAGUAACAAGUAAUUCCAUUGGGUUUCGUUUCGUGCUUUUUGCUGUUGCCAAUCAGUCCUCAAGAUUUUUUCUCUUCCAUCAGUAUUGUGCCAUGAUCUCACUUGGAAAACAGUUCAGUAAAUCCGUAGGUUUAAUAAAAGUGUUGCCUUUA